AUGAGCGAAAGAAUUACUCUGCUGUGGCUGACUAUUGAGGUGCAUGUUCGUUGUCGCACCAAAAUUCAACUGUAUGACUAUUUUCUGCAGGCUCUGGAACAGGAUGAGUUCACAGUCACGGACGACCUAUUUGAACUCACCGACCGAAAUAUUGUUGACGUUGCUCACGAGCAUAUCCUUGAAAUCCUAGGGAGAGAUGAUAUCCCCUUCGCCCAACAAUGGGACACUAUUCGACAGACGGCCAAAGAUAAAGUCCAGCAGCUCAAGGAAAUCGAAGAGCGUCGACUUGGGCCUCCGCCAUACGAACCGUCUCAAUCGCCGCCCCCAUAUCAACCGUCUCAAUCGCCGCCCCCAUAUCAACCGUCUCAAUCGCCUCCCCCAUAUCAACCAUCUCAAUCGCCUCCCCCAUACCAACGUCGCACAGAAGGAGAGUGA